CUCGUCGUGUUGUUUGUGACCUGACGCCGCUGCGCAUCUCACCGACCGGGAAUACCGAUUUCUGAACAUUUCGGCCUUUUCCCCCCGCUGCACCGCAAGCCGUGUUUUCCUGCGAGCUGCUGCAGGGUUGCAUUGGCGUCGCGGGGUUCAAGGGAAAGAUUCUGUCGGUCGGUAUUAUGACAAACCGAGAUGACACACAUUCAGAAGAAGGAGCCGUGUUUGUUUUGUGUGGCGAAAUGAGGCAGGGGGUGGAGAGUCGCCACAGAGACGCUGGGCUCUGGCCAAACAUCACCGCAUUUUAGCACUUAUUCGAUGCUCGGGAUUUGCAUUGCAUUGCAUUCGCUGCAUCGCUGAUCGGCUGUGGUUUUUUUUUUCUUUUUUUUUUGCAAAGUGCAUGGUGGAACAUGCAGCUUGUUUGAGGACACCCCCCCUUCCACAUAUCCAUCGCUGCCAUGAUAGGCAGAGGUCUCCUCUCGACCGCGGCUCGGCCGGUUGGAGAAGAGGCAGAUUGAUUUGGGACGGUGGGUCGCAUCUGCGGAUGUUAUUCCGUCUGUGGAGCCUGUGAAUAUCCUCCGCGCUAACGCACCGUGAUUCUUACUCAGGGAACGAGGAGAAAGAAAACAACAUGUCUUCUCGAUCUGCAUUACCGUCUGGAAACGACAGGAGUACUGGAGACCAUCAUGUGUCACUGGGGGCCAGCCGCUCAGACAAGACCACCAGCCAGUCCAGCCGCUCACUGGGUGCCCGGUGCAGGAACUCCAUCGCCUCCUGCUCCGAUGAGCAGCCACACAUCGGCAACUACCGCCUGCUCAAGACCAUUGGCAAGGGAAACUUUGCCAAGGUCAAGCUGGCCCGCCACAUCCUGACGGGCAGGGAGGUUGCAAUAAAAAUCAUUGACAAAACUCAGCUGAAUCCAACCAGCCUACAAAAGCUUUUCCGGGAGGUACGAAUAAUGAAAGGCUUAAAUCACCCUAACAUAGUGCAGCUGUUCGAGGUGAUUGAGACGGAUAAGACCCUUUACCUAAUCAUGGAGUACGCUAGUGGAGGUGAAGUGUUUGACUACCUCGUGUCUCAUGGGAGAAUGAAGGAGGUUGAAGCCAGAGCCAAAUUUCGACAGAUUGUUUCCGCUGUCCACUACUGCCACACGAAGAACAUUGUCCACAGAGAUUUGAAGGCGGAGAAUCUUCUGUUGGAUGCUGACGCCAACAUCAAGAUCGCCGACUUCGGCUUCAGCAACGAGUUCACGCUGGGCAACAAGCUGGACACGUUCUGUGGCUCGCCGCCCUACGCUGCGCCUGAGCUUUUCCAGGGAAAGAAGUAUGAUGGGCCUGAGGUGGAUGUGUGGAGUCUGGGAGUCAUCCUGUACACACUGGUCAGCGGCUCGCUGCCCUUUGAUGGGCAGAACCUGAAGGAGCUGAGGGAGCGUGUGCUAAGGGGAAAGUACCGUGUGCCCUUCUACAUGUCCACAGACUGUGAGGGGAUCCUUCGCCGAUUUCUGGUGCUCAAUCCCGCCAAACGCUGCACCCUUGAGCAAGUCAUGAAGGACAAAUGGAUAAAUUCAGGGUAUGAGGGAGAGGAUCUGAAGCCCCAUAUAGAACCUGUUGAGGACUACAGUGAUCCAGCUCGCAUAGAGGUAAUGGUUGGGAUGGGCUUCACUCCAGAGGAAAUCAAAGACUCUCUGCUCAAUCAGAAAUACAAUGAAGUCACCGCCACCUACCUACUACUGGGCCGCAAAGGCGAUGAAGGCAGUGAGGCCCGCACUGCUAGUAGCUUGUCCCUGGCGAGGGUACGACCCAGCCCCAUCACCAACGGGACCAACAAGCACUCCUCAGCCACUGGCUCCUCCUCAUCCUCCACUUCCUCCUCGCAUAGCAAGACCCAGCGCAGUGCCUCCACCUACCACAGGCAGCGGCGACACAGCGACUUCUGCGGGCCUUCCAUGCCCGUCAUGCACCCCAAGCGGAGCCCGACCAGCACAGGCGACCGGGAGCUGCGUGAGGGACGAAUGCCCUCACGUAAGGCCAGCUGUAGUGUUAUGGGGAGCCACAGCCUCCCCCCCUCCAGCCCAAUGGUCAGCAGUGCCAAUAACCCUAACAAAUCUGAGAUCCCAGACCGCCGCAAAGACAUGACUGCCACCACGAAUAACAUCCCUGGGAGUGCCAUGACACGCCGGAAUACGUACGUGUGCACCGACCGCUCAGGUGCUGACAGACACUCUCUACUGCAGAACGGCAAAGACAACAGCUCCCUGGGCCACCGCAUGCCUACAGCGUCUCCCUCCACGCUCAGCAUCUCUGGCGCUGGAGCUGCUUCCUCCUCUUCCUCUUCGGACCGGUGCCGCUUGACCCGAGGCUCCACAAUCCGCAGCACCUUUCAUGGGGGUCAGCUGAGGGAUCGUGGCCCCCCGGUGUACUCCGCCCCACCCACAUCACCCACCCUGUCCCACCAUGACGCCAGCCCGCUGCCCCAUGCUCGCACUAGGGCGACCUCCAACCUCUUCACCAAGCUGACCUCGAAACUCACUCGCAGGGUCAACCUUGACCCGUCCAAGCGCCAGGGCUCAAACAAAUCAGUCUCGGGUUGUACUCUUCCACAAGGAUCAAAACAGUUAGUAAGGUCACAAAUGAAUCUGAGGGAAUCAGGAGAUUUGCGGUCACAAGUGCCUGAUUGUUUUUCUGUCCCAUCCCCCCCUCUUAGUUGCCAUCUACCUGGGUAUCAAAAAGCGUCCGAGCCCCGGCCCGUCGGACGUGGCUGGGAUCUGAGAGGUGGUGGGCGGCGGGACCCUGCGGAGGUGGUACUGGCUCUGCGGGAGGCGGCACUCGGAUGUGGCUGCCAGGUCCAUCAUGCCGGCCCCUUUCUGCUCUCCUGCACCCAUGGCGUGGCAGGGGGCCGCGUGGCUUUCGAGGCUGAGGUGUGCCAUCUUUCCACGGGCACCUCGGAGACUUCUAACGGGGUGCGGUACACGCGACUCUGGGGGGCACCGCUAGCUUUUCGGGACAUUGCCACCCAAAUCUCUAAGGACCUUGAACUUUGAACGGAGGGUGUGUUUUCGCAGGAGUGUGCAUUUUUGUGUGAGUGUUUAUGUGUGUGCGCGCAAAGGGAAUUGAAGACAACAACAACAACAACAACAACAACAAAAAACGCAGAGACGGGACGAGGGGCUGGACCCGAGAGAAGUGACUUUUCCUUCUGUCUCUUUCAAGACUACCCCCCCUUUGCACACACACACAUACACACACACACACUGAUGCACACACACCUGAUCCGUAAAGUCACACAGACUGAAGCCCCCCCCCCCCCCCCCGUCCACCCCAUCACCCCACCCAGCUCAGCCGACCUCUUCACUGAGCUGCUGCACCCACUGGACCUGGAUCAGAUGGAAUCUAGUUGAAUAUUUUUUAUUGCUACUCUUUAGCCAUAAUGACUCUUUAUUUUGUUAUUUAUUGCUCUAAUCAUCGUUUUUACCCACUGUCACAUUCACCACUGCAGAAAAGCAUCUCUUGUCUAUCCGACAUCAUUGAACACCCAGUGUUUUCUUUUUUAAAACUGUUCUUUUAUAUGUCACCUUUACGUACACUGUUCAUUUUUCCCCCCUCACUGAUUACCUGCUGACUUUUCAUCACCUGAGGACAAUAACAUGCACAAACGUGGAGAUGGUGCGACUCAGUGAUCAGACAAGCAGCCACAGAGUGUUGCAUUGCUUUGAUUCGUGUACAUACAACAGUGACGCCUGCACUGGAUUAAGGUCAGUGGGAGCAGGGUAGAUGGGCCUUUGAAACAGCCAAUCAGAGGUGGGUAUGGAAUGCAGGAGGCCAAUCCGUGGUGGAUACAAAUGAGCCACUGAGGUCCUGAACUUCAUGUAGAAUUCCGGACUCCCAAUCACAUUAGUUUCUCUGCAUGGCAAGAGCAGAAAUUUCAAGUGUAGAUAAUGUUUUUGAGGAAGAAACCCAUUGGUCGGCUUUUUAUUUGUGUACACAAGACUUGCAGAACGUUUUGGAACUAUAAUAUCAUGCUCCAUUUUACAACCUUUGCUGUACCAGAAUUCAAAAUGAAUGAUUUUCUUCCAUAAUAGACUAUGAUUUUUCAUGCAGUAGUUUUCAUUGAACAAUUUGUCUUUGUUGGCUCCGUAGAAGAAUGAAAUAGACUUGCUGCCCUCUGAUUGGCUGGAUUCAUCGUCAGUGCUCGUCAUUGACAGCAAAACCAAUCAUUUAGGUUUUACAGCCUCCCCCGUUUCAUCCUUUUCCCUGCUCCAACAGCGUUGUACUGAAGACACGACAGCAGCAAUGACUUAUACACGAGAAAGUCAUGAUAACUCAAAGCUCUCAACUGUUGAAAAUUUCCAAGGUGAUUAAAGCAAGAGUGCGCUGCAAAUGCUGUGCAAACCUUGCCCUUGAAAGCAGUCAGUCACCACAGCACAAAAUAACAGUGAUACUGUAAGUCUGGUGUAUUUUCAGUGCAGUGCAACUCUUCUAUUGGUUCUAUUCCGUGCCAUGCGAUCUCACCUCAGUUAUCAUCAAAGUAUGUUGGUGGGAAACGCCAAAAGUGGAUCAGCCAAGCAGCAAAACCUCUCAGAUUACACACUAACCAUUGCACACACAGAGGUAACAUACACUCCCAAAGUCCACCCUCUUCUUCUUGUGGCACAGUAUAUAAACUGCUCUGUCCAUUAUUGAUGACUGUGGGGAUCGGGGUGAGUGUUCUGUAUCUAGAAAGGCACGAUGAAGGCAGUGUGGACGAUGUUUUCUUCUUGUCAGUCCAGUUGCCUUUACAGUGAACUACCCCCAGCGCCUUCAUACAGUACAUAUUUAAUGUAAAAAAAAACGAAAAAAAAAGACAGAAAAAACUGAGAAAGCUUUCAAUUCUCCCUCCCUGUUUUUAGUGAAUAACGUACUGUGAUAUUUACGUAGGCUACAGAGAUCAUGUUGUUUGGCUGCUGAUUUACUGUUAAUACUAUCUCUCAGUUGUGGCUUUGCUCAUGGUGACCUAAACCACCCAUCCCAUCACAUACCCCACCUCCCCAUCCCAUUCCCACCCAUCAUGAAACCACCAACUCCCUACAUUUAACAGGGAAGCCAACCUUUUUCUGUCGGCCGCCUUCAUACGUACCACCAACUUUUUUCUAUUGUCACAAUGAGCAUUUGGCUUUGUUUCUCACUGGGAGACACUCAGCCAUCAUCCACUCUCUCACAUUGUACGACAUCUUCUCAGUCCUCGUUGGUGUGUGCUAUUUCAUGGAGCCCAACAGGGGAGGCUGGUUUUGAGCCUCCCUCCCCUUCAAAGUGAGAAGCAGACACCAAAAUGGGCACCAGAAGUCUGUCCUUGUCCUCUCCCUGGACGUUUCUCAUUGUGGUGUAUAUUAGCAUUAGGUAAUAUAGACCUCAAUGCACUUUGCUUUGACUUGAAUCAGCUCCUUCCAGUGUACCUGUAUAGGUAAUACCCAGAACUAGCCACUGGAGGGCGCCAAUGUCUUAAAUGUGAAACACUUCAAUUUGUGGAUAUUUGCACAGGUACUUUAUUUAUUUUUUAGAAUAAUAUCAUUAAAAAACAGGAUUUAUAUCAGUCAGUCAAUGGCUGCAUAUAAAAUAUAUGAAUAUAGUAUAUAUCUUAGAGCUCAAGGUUUAUUUAUAGCUAGAGCAAGGGAAGUAAUUCUAGAUUAAAGCAGUUUCUGUCAGUGACAAUGGGGAACAAAACCAACCUGCAAUCCUGCAUGACUUCAGAGUUUGGGUUUUAUGGAAAAAAAAAAAGAAACAUGAUGCACACCUAGGAUUGGAAGCUUUUGUGAAAUGCAGACACAGUCAGUUUUGUAGACAUAAAUUGCUAGAUGAAGCGCCAGAUUCUUUCCCCAUUCACAAAAACAAACAGAAGGGCUCAGGUGAUAUACAGUGACUUCACUCCACCUUGUUGCUAGAGGAUAGGUUCAGUACGCUCAAGAGGGCAUCUGAGUUCAUAGAAGUCUUUGGAUAUGCCAUAAAAUGUACCACUAUGUAGAUUAUGUGAAGAAAAAGGUUCCAUUUUAGAUCCAGCACAAGGACAUUUGGAAAUAAAUUUUUACAGUUUGGUUUCAUUUUAACUUGAAUUUAUGCCAAUCCCUAUAACUUCAUGACAUGUUGAAAGCCCUGGGUUGCAUUCAAGCCAUAGAAAUGUUAUGUCACUGUCUCUUGAUUGAAAAUAGGAAUCAGGUUGUUUGCUGAGCAUUUAAAUGGGAAUUUGUGAAGAAAAAUGGGCAUAAAAGCAAACAACUUUGUGUAAAACAACUCACUCUUAGUUUAAGAUGGAUGAUCAUUGUCUUAAGGUGGAAUCUACUGUGAAAAAUUCUUGAAAAGAAUUUUUGUUGAACUGAGUGUUGCGUAAAUGCUUGUAUACCUGCUCAGAGAGGGUGUGUCACUGGUCUGGGUUAAAUGGUGGAUGAUAACAGUAUUAGAACCCCAGGGGGCUCAGUAUUUAACAUGCACUGUAAUUUCAAAACAGAUUUUGGAAACAGUCGAUGUUAUAUGCAAAACAAAAAAAAACACUGAAGAAUACACAUAGUUUGACCUGUAUGAGUAAUUUUACUCUGUUCUACUGUUUAAUUCCUCCCCUCAGAAGCAAAGUGUAAGCUGAGAUUGAGUGGUUAUGGUAUAUAAGGAGAGCAAAGAGCUGAAGAUGAAUAAAAUUCACAGAUGUUGGCA